UUGCCGUGCCGUGCCUCUCCUGCCGGCGGCCCGGCUGCGGGCGCUGGGGGCUGUCAGGCUGUGAGGCUGCAUACAGUAGGAGAAAAUUGCUAGAAAACGUGAGCACUUUGGACUGAGUUAUGUGGAAGAGCUGAAUAUGAUUAAGGAACAUGAGACUAUAUGCAGGGAAUCUCAGUGGGAUAGUCUGGAGAUCAAACAAGCAAUAGUUACUGCUCCUAGGAACGUGAGCAUUUAGCCCUUAUUGGAAGAUUUAACACCAGAUCAAUUGCAUCAGUUAAGAACAUUAUCCUCUCCAGAGGUCAAAGAGUCCACAUAAGCCUGCCAUGAAUAUAAAUAAAAAUAUUCCUAAUUAAUUCAUUGGGUGUUCUGAAGUUCACAGAAAGUAAGGAUAUCUUCUGAAGUAAGAGACAUGAAAAAACAAACCCCUGAUCUCAGGGUGAUGACUCGAAGAAAUAAAUCUGUGGAAGACGACAGUGCUGACAAAAAUGAGAGAAGUUGCUCUGAAAAAGUUAACAGAGAAAAUGCCACUUGUAGUCAUGAAAGUACGGUUGUAAAACUGCCUGUAAUAGCAUCAUUUGCAGGUACCACUAAAAAAAUUGUAAUGGUCAAGCACCCAGCACCGCCUCAGAAGCCGAGUUACCGCAGGUCUAAUUUUCAUGUUGAUAGCUCCCCUAUCCUAUUAGAAAAGACAAAAGCUGUUAGUGAAGUAAAGGAUAGAGUGCGUAUGCUACAGAUGGAUCCCCAGAAUUUAAAAAGAGAUAAAACUGAAGAAACAGAUACUGUGAUUAAAGAUAGUGAUGAAUUUAGCUCUACAGAUUCUGAUACGAGUAAAAGCAUUUCAAGAAAGGGAAAAAUAACCAGGGAAAGCUGUAAGAAGAGUGGCAGAGUGAUUUCAAAAGCAAAGCAACAAGAUUUAGAUGUUGAAUUGGGAAGAGUGCUGAGAAAAGGAAGCAAGCAGCCAAGUGUGAGGUCUGCUCGAGAACAGUUGGAAGAGGCAAGUGAUGUGACUAGACCAGACACUUCAAAAAUAUACGAGAAGAACUUCCAGCAGAGCAAACCUGAAGAGCCUACUUCCACACCAGCAUUGCCUGUGAAAGUGGUUGCAAGGUCUAUUGAUGAAAUAAUUGCUUCCCUGCAGUCUACUUCUCCAUCUCCCUCAGACCAGACGAUCAAAGAACUCCUGGAGAGUGUUCUUGGCCAGAACUACAACAUAAAAAUGGAAGCACCAAUUGAACAUGAGGAAAUAAAAACUGAAUCUCAAGUCCUGCCAAGUUUUCACCAAGCAAGCCUGGCUCCAUCCUUGGAUGUGCUACAGGUGGAAGGAAAAGCAAUAUCAAAAAUUAAACCAGAUGAAGUUCAGAAAAAGCUACAAGAGGAACAUGACUUGCAACAAUCUUUGCCUCCUCAGGCUUCAAAUGUCAAAGGUCAACAUUAUCCAGGCAUUCAUCAUCUAUGUACUGCUUUUCCUAGUUUUAUAUUGCCUCCUUAUUUACAACUGGUUUCUAGAGUUUAUCAUACUUUAGACAGAAGAGGUCACAAUAUCUUAUUUACAGCAGAGGACAUGGACAAUAAGGAGGAAGAACCAAUGUGUUCCAAAUAUAUUUAUUUGAAAGAGCAAGCUGAAAGGAAAAGGUAUGAACUUACUUAUUUUCAGAGUUACUAUGAUUUAAUUAAUUUUACUGGCAGUUUGCUACUUAUAGUUUCUGUGUAUCACCAGCUCCAGAAAUAUAAAAUUAUUGCUCAUAAAGUCUGUAGUGAUCUAAAGAAUGAAAUAGGUCUUUUGUCAAAGCUUCCACUUGAAGAAGGAACAUUCCAGAAAGAGUUCAAGAACUACUCCCGGAUCUAUAAUCUUUCUCUCUGUGUUUUCAUUUAUCCAGAAGCUUUAAAAAUGUUUUGGGCUCCAGCUCCACCAAAAUUCUCUGCUCCAAUUUCUUCAUUAAAGGAAAUUUUAUUUCCUACAUAUGAGAGCAAUGUUAUUGAGGAUGUUGUAUUUGAAGGCUUUUUCACUGAUCAUGAAGAAGAGUUAGAAGCUGAGCAAGAUGAUCAUGAUUUCUACGAUUAUGGGCUGGUGUGUAUUACGAGAAGUUUGAUUAAAAGAUCAGUCUCAGCUCUGGAGAUGACUGCUUUCAAAGAUGAAACUAUGUUAAACAUGUCAGCUAAUUUCAAAACCAGCAUGAAAGAGUUGAAAGUUAUGAAGCAACGGAUAGCUGAGCUAGAGGUUGAGACAGAGAUCGGGAAAAGCUCCCCUACCAAGCAUCUAUUGAAUCAAAUCUGUGAUGAUCCUCAGUCAAUGCAGACAGACAUAUCAGUAGAAAAAACUACUUUGACUGGACAAGAGGAUAGUGAGAAUGACAUUGUUCUUGUGGAGCAAUCUCAAAAGGCUGGGAUUAAAUACACUGUUUUCCCAAGAAGAAAGAAAACAAAGAAAUCAAAGAAGAUAAUAAACCCUAGAAAAUUAGAAGCUGUGAUCAAGAAAUUAAGUCAACCCCCAAAGAUUCUUAAAAGGUCGAUGUCUCUGGGAAGGCUUCCUAUUCAUGAUAAAUUCAGUAUCAAGGUGUCUUCAGCAAUCAAACAAUAUCAGAGCCCCAGCGUCCCUUGUUUGUUAGAUUUUGAAAAGUUUGCAAAAGUGAGGGGUGGAAUUCCAAAAGAAACUUCUGCUCACAUGUGGGUCAGUGGAAUAUGGAACUGCUGGUUUGAUGAAACUUUCCCUCCUAGUGGGACUGCUUCUGAGGAGAAGGAUACUGAAUUACUAAAAGGAACUGAGACGAUGGACUCUCAAGAAGCAAAUCUACAAAUAGAACUAGUUGACACAGUACAGCCUGUUCUUCUUGAAGGUGCAACAGUUAGUAUUGAAGAUUUAGAAAAAGAAGUAAGAAGACUGACUGAGCUAAUAGAAAAUGAAGAGCAUCCUUCAGCUUUUCACUACUGCAGGCGUGGAGCAAUACAAAGAAAGUUAGGCAAGUUAAAGUCAGCUAUGGAUGACUUGGAAAAAGCUAUAAGCUUAGAACCACUACUGCUUAAUGCUUACUGGCAUAGACAUUUGAUUUACCUCUUUCAAGACAGAAUUUCUGCUGCUUUGGAUGACCUGAAUUUUAUAACUAAAUGGAGCAAAAAUAAAGCAGAUACAUACCUGUCAAUGGCUGAAAUUUACAGGAAACAAGGUGAUAAUACAUUGGCAAUCAUCAACUAUAGCUCUGCAAUACAAUGCAGCCCUACAGAUGAUGACAUUUAUUUUAGGAGAGCUGAGUUGUAUUUUGAGGGCAAUCAAUUGUUAUUGGCCAUGGAUGAUUACGCUAAAUGUUUUCAGUAUAACCCAAAAAGAACAGAUGCACUUAUGAAACACGGCAUACAUUUCUUUGACUGUUCAGUUUUGACUACAGCUAUUCAGGAUUUUACAGCUGUGAUCAAGGAAGACCCCAGCAAUGCUCAGGCGAGGCUGUAUCGAGGAAGAGCAUAUGCUAAGCAGCAACAGUACAGAAAUGCAAUACAAGACUUAGCAGCAGCGGUUCAUCUAGACCCUUCUUGUUGGUUAGCAUUCUACUAUAGAGGUUGCAUACUACGGCAGAUUGAUCCAAAAAGAGCUGUGCAGGACUUCAGUGUUUCUGUACUCAUCAAUGACACUCAGGAAAAUUUCUGUUCUUUUCUUCAUCGUGGGAUUGUUUACUCAGAACUGUGUCAAUGGUCACUUGCAAUCUGUGACUUUGAAAGUGUUCUAGCCUUGGACAGCUCUGUCAUCUUUGCUUACCUAAAUAUUGGUUUGAUACUGCUGUUGCAUCUCGAUCAAUACCAUGAAGCCAUUCAACAGUUUACUAAUGCCAUUGAAAUUGAUCCUCUCAAUGUUCGAGCCUAUGUAGGCAGAGCACAAGCAUAUCAUAAGAUUCAUAAUUUACCAAAUGCUGUAAAGGAUAUAAACCGAGCCAUUCAUCUUUAUCCAAAUAAAUCACAACUUUGCAUAUUAAGAGGACAGUAUUUAAUGGAGUUGAAGAAAUAUGAGCUGGCAAAUUUAUGUAUUCACCAACUUGCAGAAAUGGAUGAAGGUAAUCCUGUUCAGCAAGCACUCAUUCAGUCAUUUUGUCAAAAUCACAAUAAGGCCAUAGAGUGCUUACGUGAAGCUACUGAAACUCAACCUGAGCCUUCAAUGUUUGUUAUUUUAGGAAAAAUACAAAUGAAAGCCAAGAAAACUAAGGAUGCUGUGAGAAGUUUUAAAAAAGCUAUGAAGCUCCUGAUGACAUCAGCAAAAAUCCUGCCUAAUACAUUUGAGGCUGCAGAAAUGUAUUAUCUCACAGGCCUGUGUCACAUGGAGCAAAAAAGUUUAUUACGGGCCUGUGAUGCUUUUAGUAUGGCUAUCAGACUACAUUCAAGUUACCCUGAUGCCUUUUAUCAGCGAGGGCUCUGUAGAAUGCAGCUCAGACAAACUAAGUGCAUUCGAGAUUUCAAUCGAACACUUGCUCUUUGUCCAUCACAUUUCCAGGCAUAUAUGAGUCGUGCUGCUUACUAUGGAAGUAAAGGUAGAUACUCUAAGGCAAUUCUGAAUUGCAAUGAGGCGAUCAAAAUUCUUCCUAACAGUGUGCGAGCUUAUUUUUACCGAGGAACUUUAAAGUAUCAAAAUAAGACAUUUAAAGCUGCAAUUGAAGAUCUUUCAAAAACUAUCGACCUCAACAAAACCUGCGUUUUGGCGUAUUAUAAUAGAGCUGUCUGUUAUCAUCAAAUAAAGGACUUCAGAAAGGCUUUGAAAGAUUAUGGAAUUCUUCUUCUGCUUGAAACGAGUAAGGAAAUAGCUUUUAAAGUGUUAAUCAAUCGUGGACUACUCUACGUGGAACUUGGUGAUUAUGCUAAUGCAUGUGAGGACUUUAAAGAAGCAACGUUGCUUAGUCCAGAUGAUAGCCAGAUCUUUCAAGCUAUUGGAAUCUGCUAUCAUAGACUUAAUCAGUUUGAAGAAGCUGUGAGAUCAUUUGACCAAGUUCUCAAACUAGAUCCUGUUUCUGUGGAUGCCUAUGUUGGACGAGGAAAUUCGUACAUGGAAAACAGUCAUGAGGCUGGUUGUAAACAAGCACAGAAAGAUUUCUUGAGAGCAAUUCACCUGAAUCCAAAGUGUAUAAAAGCCAGAAUUUGCUUAGGAUACAACUUGCAGGCCCUUGGAAAGCUUCAGAGAGCAUGGAGCCAAUUUACAGUUGCCAUUUGCAUUGAUCCAAAAUGCCAUGCUGCAUAUGAUGGACGAGCUUCAGUCUGUCUUCAAAUGGGUGAAACUUUUGCUGCAUUUCAAGAUACAAAUGCUGCACUAAAGCUCACUACCACUGCUCCACUGCUAACAAAUCGGGGUGUCAUCAAUCAGUUAAUGGGAUAUCUACCCUGUGCCAUGAAGGACUACCAACGAGCAAUUUCUGUUGACCCAAACUAUGCAUUAGCCUAUUUCAAUGCAGCAAAUAUCUACUUCCAUAAUCGACAGUUUUCACAGGCCUAUUGCUAUUAUUCCAAGGUAUUACAACUUGACCCAAGAAAUGAACCUGCUGUUAUGAAUCGUGCUAUUACAAAUUCAUUACUAAACAAUAUUGAAGAAGCAAAAGAAGACUUUGAGAAGGCAAUUUGUCUCUGCCCAUUCUCUGCAGCAGUGUAUUUUAACAGGGCAAAUUUCUAUAAUGGAUUGAAGCAAUAUGAACUAGCUGAGAAAGACAUUUCAACAGCAUUGUCACUUCAGCCUAAUGAUGCCUUGAUGUAUAAAUUUAGAGCUGAUAUUCGUGGUAAACUGGGUUUCAAUAAAGAGGCUGUAGAAGACUACAAACAAGCAAUCAGCAUUCAAGAACAGAUUGAUUCCAUGUGA